AUGGCAGGCUCCAGCAAAGUCCAGUUCACCCCUCCUCCGUCUCCGCCGUCUCCGACCGCGUCUUUCUUCGAUGUCAGCGAUGAGGAGGAGGAUGAGUACAACACCAUCGCCCACGCAGCCGCCAAGAAGGGGGUGAGGCUUUUAUAUUCGAAAAGCAAGGUCUACGUUCACCCCACCCCUUCGGCGAAAGACAAUAUCCCCGGAUUUAUCGCCCUCGUUCAGCAAAAACCUGUCCUACCCCGAAACGAUUUAUCUUCUAAGACUGCCGACCUCUCCUCCUACCUCCUCGCCUGGGUCCCCGAGUCCGCCCUCGGCGAUGCCUACAACACCUACGUCAAAGUCGAUCUUGCGGAAGACGACUCGCCACCGCGCCAGAAAUACCUCGUCCCUCCGCUCCCGGAAAUGACUACAUACAAAGACCCAGUGGGGCUCUACGCGUUCGCCGUGCCGCUUUCUCAGAUAUAUUCUCUGCUUGUGCGACCUCCAAGCUUGGGCUGGUGGUUCGGGAGUCUCGUGAUCAAUACCCGGGCAGGUGACAGCUUUCCGGCGCUCUUCUUCCAUGACAGCGAGUGCGAGUCUACGAUUCUACAAAAGAAGAAGCGGACGAGGGAGACCUUUGACCCGUUUGGCGAGGAUGGGAGCGUAUUCUGGGGCGGAGAUGAGGUUUUGCGGUGGCUUCGGCAGUAUGUUGACGUGCAACGCUCGACUGUCGAUAAUACUGUUUAUUUGAUAAACCCGUCUGAGGAGGAUCAAGUUUCCUUUGGAAACGCACAGAUUGCAGAUACAUCUGUCGUAAGGUCUCCACCAUCUGCCCCCGCGCAACAAGGACCCCCGCCGCAUGAUGCCGGGAUGGAUCCGUUCAUGAAGGCGAUCAAAGAAACAAGAUGGAAGGUCCUCGAGCAGCUGAGCAAGAUUACAACCUUUACCCGGCGCACCGCAAACGAGAUCGCGGCCAACCCCGCCAUCCCCCCGCAAGUCCGGCGUUUGCUCAAGACGCCCGAGAUUCAAACGCUGCAAGAGGAGUUUGACAGCGCAAGAAUAUACCUCGCCCGGUGGGCAAUGAGCAUCUCAGAGCAAAGCGAUCGAGAACGGAACCAGCGGAUAUACACUGCCAAGGAUGUGCUCGAGAUGGAGAACAGCUCCGUGGGCGAUUUCGAGAUUUUAGACCUGGAGACGGGGAACAUGUCACUGAACGAGCGUCGCAAGACAGUUACUUUACAAGAGUGGGAGAGCUUCUUUGAUCCGCAGACUGGACGGUUACAACUCACUGUUGAUGAGGUUAAAGAAAGAAUCUUCCAUGGCGGCUUAGAUCCGAACGACGGAGUCCGAAAGGAAGCGUGGCUCUACCUUCUUGGAGUCUAUCCUUGGGACAGCAAUAAAGACGAACGCCAGGCAUUAAUGAACUCGAGACGUGACGAGUAUAUCCGCCUAAAGGGUGCUUGGUGGGAAAGGAUGGUCGAAGGCGACUCAACCGCUGACCAACAGGAGUGGUGGAAAGAACAGAGAAAUAGAAUAGAGAAAGACGUCCACCGAACAGACCGGACAAUAUCACUGUUCGCCGGAGAAGAUAUCCCCCAUCCAGACCCCGACUCUCCAUUCGCAGACGUAGGAACAAACGUCCACCUCGAGCAAAUGAAAGACAUGCUCCUCACAUACAACGAAUACAACCCAGACCUCGGCUACGUGCAAGGAAUGAGCGACCUCCUCGCGCCAAUCUAUGCCGUGAUGCAAGACGACGCCGUCGCAUUCUGGGCAUUCGUCAAAUUCAUGAAUAGAAUGGAACGAAACUUUCUCCGCGACCAAUCCGGCAUGCGCGCUCAACUCCUAACCCUCGAUCACCUCGUUCAACUCAUGGACCCCCAACUCUACCUCCACCUCCAAUUCGCCGACAGCACAAAUUUCUUCUUCUUCUUUCGCAUGCUGCUCGUCUGGUACAAGCGCGAAUUUGAGUGGGCCGACAUUCUCCGUCUGUGGGAGACGCUGUGGUCCGACUAUUUAACGAGUAACUUCCACCUGUUCAUUGCGCUAGCGAUACUGGAGAAACACCGUGAUGUUAUCAUGGAUCAUCUGAAGCAGUUUGAUGAGGUUCUGAAGUAUAUAAACGAACUCUCCAAUACAAUGACCCUCCUCCCGAUCCUCACCCGUGCAGAAUCCCUCUUCCACCGCUUCGAGCGCUCCAUCCAGGCAAUCGACAAAAAAGAUAAUUUCCCAACACCAGGUUCGGGUUCCGUGGCACAGCAACGCAAACCCAUCACCGCCACACAGUCGUCUUCAGAUUCAAUACCCACCACUACGAACAACAGUGGUGCCAACGGCAAAGGCAAAGGGAAAUCUCCCGAACGUCCGACGGGGACGAGUACAGCUAUCAUGGGUAGACCUGGCGCUGCUGGUACCGGUGCCGGUGCCGGGAAGCCGGAUUCGAAGGUUAUAUCGCCUGAACUACGUGACUUGUUUAGGAGGGAUGUUUUCUGGAAUGAGGAUGGGUCUGAUGCUGGCCCUAGUGCUGGUGCUGGAACUGCAAGUGGCACUGAUAGUACGUCACGAACGUAG